CCAGUUUUGUAUCUUGAAUUUUAUCUUGUCAGGCUGUUAUUCGUAGACGUAAAGUUGUUCAAUUCUAAAUUGCUGUCUGAUUUAUUGCCCGUUAACGUCAAAUAGCAGUACCAAUCAGUAUUUGGCAGACGCAGUAGUAGCAUCGAGCAAUGCUGCGAGUGGCGCUAUGAGCAUGCGCGAUACCACCUAUAGAGGUGACCUAGCACCAGCUACUAUAGCUUUAGCGUGUACUUGCCGCAAGAUAAAAUAUCCCCCUUAGGAGACCUCGUUUAGACUAAAUCAUGCUCGGACAGUUGAUUAUUUUUAUAUAAUUUACAAGGUCACACGCGUGAUCGUGCAUUUACUAGAACGUGAUGGUUUUAAAGCAGCAUGCAUAAUUAUGACAAAGCAAAAAUGGAAACCCACAUUUGCUGAAAGGAUUUAACGGUAGAUGAGUUGAAACCUUUUUAUUUCAUGACCAGGCUGUAGAUAAAUAACACGUCUAUACAGUGAACAGUUCAUGCAUGGAUAUAAAUAAUAUUACAGUUCUUCAUUCAUAUGACCGAUAUAAGUACUUCCCAUUAAACAAAUACUCAAAACCUUACGUCAUCCGACCUGAAAAGCUCCGUCCUCAUGCCGGGAGUCAGGAAGCGCAAUUAAAGUCUGCAGACUCGUGCACAAGUGACACUCUUUUCAAACGAAGGAAUGUGCCCCUAGGUGUGGGCGAAGCAAACGCACUAACGACAGCCACGACCAACGAUAAACACGACAAAAACAAAAGGCUAGAGCACGCACAUCGUCGCCCGAAAAGUGACGACACCUUCCACGUUCACUUUUUUUACCUUCGCUUCGAUGUAGGCCGCCUAGAGACACAAGGAUGAGCGAGUUUGAAGGACCUCCAACAAAAACAAAGGGGUACAGAAAUAAAAAGAAUUUUUUUUUUUUUUUUGCUACACGAGUCGCGCGCGACAACAUAGGAGGGAGUCAUCUCGCCCGUCUGCGAUGCUGCCAACGACGGUGAUGAUGAUGAUGAAGACACUCUUGCCUUUUGUCUUAAUCUCCCACUUUCUCGCGCUGACUUCCUCCCCUUUUUCGGAAGAAUUGCGGGACGUCGAGGCAGAGAAACUGCUGCGGCUAUAAAAGCCUCGAAGCCGCCAACUUGUCGACACCGUCAGACGUGCUGCCAGCCUGCGCCCCGCGCCGUGCGUUUUAAAGGCGCGAAGCGAAGCGAAACCCGAGCGCUCGUGCUAGCGGAAGUCGAAGCCCAAGUUUUCUUUUCGUCUCGGAGGACGAGCGGCGUCUUCUUUAUCGAUCAUCGCUUUCUUCUUUCCCCAUCGCCUUCGGAGGUUGUGGUUUCGAAAGAAGCUUCGGGAAUGCUGACGAUUCUCUUACUAGGUCUUCUACUAGUGACAGCCUCUAGUGAAGAUGGCAAAGGGGAAGAGACGCUUGAAACAGAAGGUCACAGCUUCGGUAGCCUUGGCCAGGCUACGACGUUUAGACAAGCCGGAAACUUCCUGCAGGCAGCUCCAACGUAUGGACGUUCGACGUACGGACAGUCAGCAGGAAUAGACCGCCCGCAGCCGUUCGACUUCGGUUACAACGUUCAGGACGAGUUCGGCAACAACCAGUUCCGCCAGGAGAAAGGUGACGAGUCCGGUUCGGUGCAAGGCGCCUACGGUUACACGGACGCGUACGGCGUCUACCGCAAGGUGCAUUACGUGGCCGACCAGAACGGUUUCCGCGCUGACAUCAAGACCAACGAGCCGGGCGUCAAGCAGGAGAACCCGGCCGACGUGCAGCUUGUCGUCGAACCCCCGCCGCAGGGUGUGCUUCAGCAGGCACUGACGGGCUCAAGGUCCGCCGGCUUCGCCAAGCUCCCCGCGGCGGCGCCCACCCAGCCGAGAUUCCCGCCGGGCCUGCAUGCCUGAGAGAAGGCGGGCUCCUGAUACGCCCGCGGAAGCUGCCUCCGCGCGUUGUGGAGCAGAGGCAUCCGGUGAGGUGGGGUUACUUGCCUCACUGGACGGGAGGUCGAUCCAUGUGUACAACUAUAAGUCAGCCUUUGGCUGAACUUAAGUUGAAAUAUUCGUACUGCGGUUUCUGCAACGCCUACUUAAAAGCGGGGACAACUGAUAAGGAAGUGCGCAGGACAAGCGCUGUCUCGCAACUCUGCAUUCUUGAGAGCUUAGAGCUCUAGUUUUAAAAACGUGUCCUCUUCGUAGUGCCUAGACAGUAGAACUCCGAUUUGCUUCUUUAUUCGAGUUACUCUUUAGUGCAGGCUCUGUAGGCAUCAGCAGAGUAGUGGCCUUGAACGUAGUCCCGAGUAGAAGAACGUAAUGCGCGCAGAAUGUUGUCAGCAGACAUUUCCUCUUAUACUCCUGCUAGGGGAGGUUUGCUUCAGACAAAAGUUCCUAUACACUGGUGCUCACCAUGUGCGCGUAAAGCAACUUUGUUGGAUAAGUUCCGAAAGGAUGCUAGUUCUGACUAUGGUUCAAACCUCGUAAGUCUUGUAGGACCGGAUAAAUAUUUGUGGCGAGUAGUGAACAGCUUUCUUAGUAAUGUCGCGUUCCAGUAACUAAUUAGUUCACAUCCCACACGAGUGAUGUGUUGCUUCGAAACGCUGUCGUCAGGGAGACUCCCUGCGAGGUGGGGUUUUCGUUACUGGAGGCUUCGUUACGGGAGGCAGUAAAGGUGUCGCAUAUUCAGGUGAGGCCAGGCCUUCACAAAGGCUGCUGAUACAGAAUCAUUAACGUGGCAUCCGCAAAUCUCGCACCUUGCCAGAUACCCUAUUAUAAGGGCUCAAAUAAGCAAUAACCAGCAAUCUGUGGAGACCUAUGAGAUACACCAUCAAGAUAGAGGCACGCACGCGUCCAUUAUUCCUAACGAAAGACAGUGCUUGGGCAGAAGAUCCUCAUAUGUUUAGUGACCGCUUGGUGAACGUCCUAGAACAAGCCGCCUUAGAAGGCAGUUUUCUUGCAGAUUUGUAGAGACGACGUCGAGAAAGCUUGGAAAUUCUCUUAGUGGUGGAAGCUUUCUAGAUGUUCUUUUAUGUAGUUUGUUUGCACAAUCUCUUCGCCACUUCACUUCGUAUGUUAACAUUGGCUUUGCUUAGGCAUGUUAUUUUGGGCGAUAUUUCUUAUAUAUAGUUCUCUCAUUUAGUGGCCAUAGAUCACCCCCACCUAAUCUUUGCAUCAUACAACUUCUCGGGGAUCAAUAAAAGCAGGGUGAAGAGGGUGCUACUCGUAUAUCUUAGUAGUCAUAUAGUUUCACACUAGCAAGAAUGAAGUAUGGGAGAAGGUAAACUGAAUUCAUGGUGAAUAUUUUGUCUCUAAUCUAAGGAGCUUGUAAGAAAAACAGAGAGAUAGAGAAAGCAAGAGGUGAGAGGCAGAGAGCUUAACCUGAUUAAUUGUCCGGUUGGCAACACUGUACAGGGAGAUCGGGUAAGCAAAAUUGAAUGCACUGGGUGAAAUGACGAAGGCUUCCAGUCCGGCGUAAGACCGCUCCAACGCGGUAAGCCCUACCGGCGGAUGGAAUGACUUCGGGCAUACCUGUAUCGUGAUGAGUUCAUACCUCCGCAGAAAUGAAGCAUUCCUAAGGUGCAUACCGAUUUUCAAGCCUCGCUAGGUGUAUUAUGCAAUAAGCGACUUGUUUUCCAUGUCCUUACGGCUUUCGAAGCUCCCGUAUUAUGACAGAACACGAAAUACCUCGUACGAGGCCAGGUUCGUAGACACGUCAGUCGGGAGCACAAAAAGAGAAAAGGAAUGACGUGAUAGGCCAAGUCUCGCCUUUCUCCCACUCCGUCUUGCAUGGUUGACGCGUGUCUAGAAAAGGGAGCUUGUACGCUGUCUCACAUAUUUCACAUGAGAGUUCCCCUCGCGUUUGUAUUUUGCCUUAUGCCUAUCCUUUCUUGGUGGGGUUUAUUCUUUCAGGCGGCUGCGCUACAAGACGUGUUAUGUAUCCCAUAUGCUUGUCGAAGCUGCUGCAUUUCUCUGUUGUACAUAAGUGUCAUUCCUUUCUCUUUCCCUCUGCCGCUUGCUGUUGACUCACGGCUUCGAAAUGUCGGGAUCAAUAAACAAUGUGUCUUUAAGUGCGCCA